CCGGAAGUGAUAGUCCCGCAGUUGCAGCGGUUGGAUCGCCGGCAGGUGGGAGAUGCGCUGCCGACCUGAGCCGGAGAACCAAAGCGCUGGUUAGGGGUGCGAAGGCAAUUGGAGCCGGGGCUGAGCGGCUGUCGCACAGUCAGGUCAUGGGCUCGACCAAGCACUGGGGAGAAUGGUUCUUGAACCUGCGGGUGCCCCCCGCCGGGGUAUUUGGCGUGGCCUUUCUUGCCCGAGUUGCCCUGGUUUUCUACGGGGUCUUCCAGGACCGGACCCUGCGUGUGAGGUAUACAGACAUAGACUACCAGGUCUUCACAGACGCCGCGCGCUUCAUCACGGAACGGCAUUCUCCUUACCUGCGGGCGACGUACCGGUACACGCCCCUGCUAGGUUGGCUCCUCACUCCCAACAUCUACUUCAACGAACUCUUUGGAAAGUUUCUCUUCAUCAGCUGUGACCUCCUCACCGCAUUCCUUCUCUACCGCCUGCUGCUUCUGAAAGGGCUGGGGCGCCGCCAGGCUUGUGGCUACUGUGUCUUUUGGCUUCUUAACCCCCUACCUAUGGCAGUGUCCAGCCGAGGCAAUGCUGACUCGAUCGUCGCUUCCCUGGUCCUUAUGGUCCUGUACUUAAUAAAGAAAAGACUGGUCGCAUGCGCAGCUGUGUUCUAUGGUUUCGCGGUGCAUAUGAAGAUGUAUCCUGUGACCUAUAUCCUUCCCAUAGCCCUACACCUGCUUCCAGAGCGCGACAGUGACGAAGGCUUCCGUCAAUCCCGACAGAGCCUCAAGCUGUCGCCCUGGGUAGAGUACUGUAGCAUCACAGUUCACAGCAACCUCCAACUCCUGGGCUCAAGCGAUUCUCCUGCCUCCGCCUCCGAAGUAGCUGGGACUACAGGUGCCUGCCACAACGUCCACCUAUUUUUUGGUUGCAGCCAUCACUGUUGAUUGGUGGGCCCAGGGCUGGAUUCGAAUCCACCAGCUCAGGUGUAUGUGGCUGGCACCUUAACCGCUUGAGCCACAGGUGCCGAGCCCCAAAUUAUUUUCUUUAAUGAUUCCAGAUUUUAACAAUCCUUGCCCACAUUCAAACCUUCUCUCACCAAAUUGUAUGAUUUCUUUGUACUGCUGGCUUCAUCAUAUCCCUUCCCUUCAUUGCCUGGUCUAAGAAGUUGAUUUGCUCAAUCACAUCUUAGUCCAACGGUUUGUAAAUCAAGCUGUGGAGAGUAUGUGACCAGCAUUUUCACAGGGUAGAAAUAUUAAAUCACUGUUAAAUAUUUCUUGCUGUGCAGUGUGCAUUCUGCACUGUGCAAUGACACUGUUAAAAGUCAUCCCAGACUGAUAGUGUGAUGUGAGACAGCAUUGACUCAGCUUAGAUUUAAAUUCCUGUGUGCAGCCUUGAGCAAGAUUAUCAUAACUAGAUACAUUAGCUUUCUGUUUGCGAAAUGGAGUGAUAUCAUCUUUAUAGAAUUGUAAGGAUCAAAUGUUUGAAUUUGCCCACGGUGAUUAUGCUGAUAAGGAACAAGCCACUCCUUUAAAGAAAGAACUCUUUGGGGACUCUAGAGUUAACCCCUCACCCCAGCCAGUCUAAUAGUUAUAGGCAAGAAACCUGGAUUUACAGAAAAUAAUUGUUUUAGGGUGGCACCUAUGGCUCAAGGAGUAGGGUGCUGGUCCCAUGUGCCAGAGGUGGUGGGUUCAAACCCAGCCCUGGCCAAAAACCACAAAAAAAAAAAGAAAGAAAAUAAUUGUUUUAAUUACUUGUUACUAUAAAACUUAUUCCUUCUCACCUUGAUCUGGUUCUUUGAAAAGAUAGUAAGGCUUACAUGUGAUGAUGUAUGGACAGAUUCUUCAGAUGUCUGGUUCAGGCUGGACACUUGUACUUGUGUAUUCCUGUCAUACAUUAGCUGACUCUAUGCAGUGGAAUUUGGUUUAUGUUCUAAAAUUACACCACUUCUUUUCUUCAUUGUGUCAAGGGGGAUAUUCAGGAGUUGGUGUUCUGGAGAUGGAUGCACAUGUCUUCUGUGGGGUCAGAAGCAUCACAAUAGCAUGAGCAUUUAUUCAGCAUUGAACUACAGCCAUUCAUUUAGUAAAAAACAAGCUUUCAUACUCAUUAUCCUGAAUAGAAAGCAGACAAAAUGGGAAUAUUUCUAGCCCCUCAAACACUCUGCUAAUUGCUGUGUCUGCUGUGUAAAAUGAAAUGACACAGUGACUAUUUAAAAAUAAUUUGGAGCAUGAAUAUUUGAAGCUCAGUUUAUUUUAU